UUCUUUAUUUUAAUGGUCUAUGACCUAUCAUAAUUCUGAUCUGACAAGGACUUAUUUACAUGGUUCUCAGAUAAGGAUGGUAAUAGAUAAAUUUGGUAUAGCUGCCAUUCGAAAUUCAUGGUAUGAUGGUAAUCAAAUCACUGAUAAUGUCUUAAAUGGCUAUACAAAGCCAUUGAGGACCAAGGAUUGGGACAGCGCACUUGUGGAAUACACAGCAGCACUGCUUACAGAUUCUGCUUCUGAAUCAAAGCCUCCACUGGUAAAAAGACUCAGUGAAAUCUCAUGUCCAGUUCUGAUUGUCACGGGUGAUAGUGACCGGCUUGUCCCCUCUUGGAAUUCGGAGAGACUUUCACGAGCCAUACCUGGAGCUUCCCUCGAAAUAAUUAAGAACUGCGGCCACCUGCCCCAAGAAGAAAGGGUGGAAGAGUUUGUGUCAAUUGUUGAGAAGUUUCUAGAAAGAGUUUUUGGUGGCUUGGAGGAGCAAUGUCUGCAAGCAGCAACUUGAGAUCUGUAUCGAUCUUGAUAUACAACUUUGCUGAUGUUAAUUUGCAGAUUGGUUGGUACAAUCUGAUGCAAAGACUAGGGCUUUACCGCAAAAAAUUCUCAAACAACAGAAGAAUUUAUUGUAAAAAGAAACAAUAGUUUAGAAAUUGCAAUA